AUGUCCACUGACACCUUGCUUCAGCCCUCCCAAAAGACCUUCAAGAUCAAGCAGAAGCUGGCCAAGGCCGCCAAGCAGAACCGACCUGUUCCUCAGUGGUUCCGUCUGAAGACAGAUAACAAAAUCCAAUGGAACGCCAAGAGACGUCACUGGAGACGAACCAAGCUCAACCUCUAA